GGAAUCCAGUUUUGUUUGUAUAACAAUGCUGAUAGCUCAUACAGAUUAUCUAAUCUGACAAUUUAAACAUUGCACUUGAUCCGUAUUACCUAGUUAGUUUACUAAUUGCCUGUCAUCUGUUAAAAUGAACUGGAAACUACAGAUAUUUGUUUUCCUUUUUCUAAAUGUUAUUACCCUUUGUUUGUCCAAAUUAAUUGUGAAAACUGAAUGGGGUUCAAUCAGAGGAUUUUAUCAAAAAUUUGGUGACAAACAGAUUCGGUCUUUUCUUGGUAUUCCUUAUGCUCUUCCACCAGUGGGUCCAUUGAGGUUUCGGAAGCCAAUUGAAUUAGUUAAACCUUUUAGAGGCAUUUACAGAACCAAAAAUUUUGGUCCUGCUUGCCUUCAAACAAAACUUAAUGGUGCCAUUCAUGCGCCAAACUCAACAAUAAGUGAAAAUUGUUUGUUUCUCAAUGUUUGGACACCAAUCGAUGCGUCCAAGAAAAAAUUGUACCCUGUUCUUGUCUAUAUCCAUGGAGCUGCAUUCAUUUUUGGUUCAGCAUCAGGACCCAGGUCAAGAGGAGACGUUCUAACAGCAUACAAUGACAUUGUAACAGUCAAUCUCAACCAUCGGCUGGGUGCCUCUGGACUAGCUUAUGGGAAAUCAGAUUCAAUUGUUGGCAAUCAACAAGUGCACGAUGUGAUUAUGGCACUUGAAUGGGUAAAAAGGAAUAUUGGUGCUUUCGGUGGAGAUCCUAACCAAAUAACAUUAUCCGGAAUGAGCUCAGGAGCUAUUUUAGCCUCUGCCAUCUUUUUAUCUCCUGCGGUUGAAUCUGGUCUUUUUAAUAAAAUUGUUUUAAUGAGUGGAGUCGCAAUUGAUCAAGUAAAUGUUGUAAAUCCCAAAAAACUUUUCAACCUAACCAAAUCCAUGUCUAGUUCACUUGGUUGUUCACAUUAUUCAAGCUCGAAUGACUCCAUUCAAAUUGGCGAAAUUAUAUGCUUGAAAAAAGCUAAAGCCGAGUCAAUAGCGGAUACGCCUGAAAACCCAUCUUUUUUACCUGUUUAUAACGAUCGAUAUAUUUUACCAGAGUCACCUGUUAAAAUUGUAAACAAAAAAUCAUUCCCUAAAGGUUUCAAAUUUUUGAUUGGAACUGAAGCCGAUGAAAACUUGAUUCUCAAAUCAUACAGUCCAACGACAAAAAAAGAAGCCAUUGAAUAUAUGGAGAAAGCUGUUUCAUCCCUUGAUCUUACUCAGUUAAACAUAACACAUUUGUUGAUGAAGUAUUUUGAAGAUGUGAAUGACAAUGAUACAUCUCUAAUCAAGAGACGCUUCAAUGAUUUUGGGUCUGAUCUUCAGUUCCACUGUCCUUCGUUAUUGUAUUCUGUCGCGUUUGCAAGCAAUUCAUACAACAAAGUCUACUUAUAUCGAAAUGAUUAUGUUACUUCUUACUUCAGUAAUGCUUCACGGCCUUAUGGAGCUGGUCAUGCUGAUGAUCAUCGAUUGUUUUUGGGUGAACCUUUCCGAUCACCUGAAAUGUAUUCAGACGAUAAGGACAGAGAAUUAAGUCGUUUCAUGAUGAAAAUAUUAUCCGAUUUUGUUAAAGGAAAAGACCUAUUUUGGGACUCAAUUAAAAUCAAUGGAAAUCAAUCAGACAAAAUCUCGCUUCCACGAUGGCGUAUACAAAACAAUGAACCAUUUGAUAAAGUUGAUUAUGAUGAAGAUACAGAUUUAUGUUUGGAUUGGGCUAAAUAUUAUGGCUUGCAGAUUUGAUCACAACUCGGUUCGAAAAUACUGGAAUCGAUUUCAACUUCCAAUAGAUUUUCGAUUUUAUCAACCUAAUUUGUGCUGAUAAAAAUAUAUGAAACCAUUUUUGAACUAA